AUGUGGCUGUUUCGCCACAAAUUUAAAUCUGAUGGUACACUCGAGAGGUAUAAAGCACGGUUAGUUGUUAAUGGGAAGUCUCAAACCGUGGGGGUCGACUGUGAUGACACAUUUAGUCCGGUUGUGAAACCGGCUACCAUCAGAACGGUCUUGUCACUGGCAGUCUCCAGAUCGUGGCCUAUUCAUCAGUUGGACGUCAAAAAUGCUUUUCUCCAUGGCCACCUUAAUGAGACCGUGUUUAUGCACCAGCCACCAGGGUUCGUUGAUAAACGGUACCCGGGUUUUGUUUGCAGGUUGAAAAAGUCCUUGUACAGACUUAAACAGGCCCCCCGAGCAUGGUAUACACGCUUUGCCAAUUUUAUUUUAUCUCAGGGUUUCACCAGCAGUGCGUGCGAUAAUUCCCUGUUUAUUUACAGCAAGGGUCAUGAGAUUGCAUAUUUGUUAUUAUAUGUUGAUGAUAUAGUUUUGACAGCUUCUUCAGAUAGCUUCCUGCAACACAUCAUUCAUACACUCUCAAGGGAGUUUGCAAUGACUGAUUUGGGUCAGUUGCAUCAUUUUUUAGGCAUUAAAGUCACCCGCACCGCUUCGGGUUUGUUUUUGGAUCAGGCACAAUAUGCUAAAGAGAUUAUUCAGAGGGCCUCCAUGGAAUCCUGUAAACCUUGUGCUACUCCGGUGGAUCUGUCUUCCAAGUUAAGUGCCACAGAUGGCCCGCUAUUUCAUGAUCCAACACUGUAUCGCAGUCUUGCCGGUGCUCUUCAGUACCUUACCUUUACACGUCCAGACAUCUCCUACGCAGUACAGCAGGUCUGCUUAUUUAUGCAUGAGCCUCAUGAUCCUCAUUAUGCGUUCCUGAAACGCAUCCUGCGAUACAUUCAAGGGACGAUAGAUUAUGGUAUACGUAUGGUGAAAUCUCCUACCCAGUCUCUUGUUGCAUACUCUGAUGCUGACUGGGGAGGAUGUCCAGAUUCCCGGCGAUCCACUAGUGGUUACUGUGUCUUCCUUGGUAACAAUUUACUCUCAUGGUCUUCUAAGCGACAACCUACAGUGUCCCGAUCUAGUGCAGAGGCUGAAUAUCGAGGAGUCGCCAAUGCUGUUGCCGAGCUUACUUGGAUCCGUAACUUAUUGCUGGAACUACGAGUUCCUCUCAUUCACGCUUCGGUAGUCUACUGCGACAAUGGUCAGGUUGGAAGGGUAUGGUCAGGUUCGGCAAGAAAGGGAAACUAG